AUGACCAGCGAGACUCUACAAUUCCGCAUCGCCACCCCAGACGAUGCACCACAAAUCCAAAACCUAAUACAGUCCGCCUUCCGCGCCGAAGACACCAGAGACAGAUGGAUAGGGAGCCCCGAGCUCGCGUCACAGUUCCACAUCGGCGCCGACGAGGUGCUAGCCAGCAUCACCCGGCCCGACGGCGCGGUCCUCGUGGCCACGGACGCCACCACCGGCGCCCUCGUGGCCUCGGUCGAGGCCACGAGGCGCGGCGGCGCCGACCUCUCGGCGCGGCUCUCGAUGCUCGCGGUGGACAGCGCGCGCCAGCGUGGGGGUCUGGGCCGCCGCGUCCUCGCCCACGCCGAGGACUACUGCCGGGUGAGCUGGGGGGCGCGGCGGCUGGGGCUCAACGCGCUGUCGACGCGGGAGGCGCUCAUUGCCUGGUACGUGCGCUGCGGGUUCAGGAGGACCGGGGGGACGUCUGCGUUCCCGCGGGAGCGGUUCGAGGGGGUGGACCUACCCCGGGACUUGUGCUUUGUUGAGCUGGAGAAGGAUCUGGAUGCUGUUGGUGGGAGAUAG